AUGGAACGUCCUUGGAGUGUAGCGUUAGCCAUGGCCUCGGUGCUUGCGAAUGUAUAGACGAGAGAGAGAGAAAGAGAGAGAAAGAGAGAGGGUGAGUAAGAGAUAUAUAUAUAUAGAGCGAGAGAACGAACAAAAUAGCCUAAUGAAUGUUGAGUCUACGGUGAAGGUUGAGUCAUUUAAGUACAAGUGUAGGCAGACCUAACAGAUUCCCUUACUGCUACACUGGCCAUCCUUUUCCUUUAUUGGGAGGCAGCCUACCAGUUCUGUGCCACCCGUGAAAUGAUGUCUUUAUAGUAGGAGCCGAGGAAUACCGGUGCAGACCUAUUCAAUUGGCUUUCCUCUGUCUCCCCCCUCUCUCCUUCCUCUCUCUCUCUCUCUCACACUCUCUCUCAUGCCCUUUACUUGACGUAUAGUUCUUGACCUCUGGCGUAGUCCUGCAGGCACUGCUGGCUGGCAACGCUGUAGUGUCCGGAAACUGGUAGUUGAACAGUCAUCGCUCAGUGUAGUAAAUGCUCCUCGCGAGGGCCAGUUGCCCAGCGAUCAUCUCUUUUGAAGUCGUUUUCCAGCAACGGAGAUCCAUGGAGCGCACGAGUUAAUGAGCGGUCGCUUUCGCCGUGCCCCUCUCAGUUACCGCUCAUCUCUUUCAGAUUGACUUCCGCGGCAGUCGCGUUCUCCGUUGCAGCAAAUAAAGUUCUAAUACCCAUGGCGGAGCUCCUGCAUCUUUCGUCGCGUUCUCCGUCGCUGCAGAUAAAGUUCUAAUACCCAUGGCGGAGCUCCUGCAUCUUUCGCCGCGUUCUCCGUCGCUGCAAAUAAAGUUCUAAUACCCAUGGCGGAGCUCCUGCAUCUUUCGUCGCGUUCUCCGUCGCCGCAUAUAACGUUCUAAGACCCAUGGCGGAGCUCCUGCAUCUUUCACCGCGUUCUCCGUCGCCACAGAUAUACAGGGCUUCUUCUCUUUCAAGCAGAAUACGUUUGAGAUGUAACGCAUUAAUCAUCAGACAACCAACGUCAUACAUUUUGAGCCCACGAGGAAGAGCCAAACUCGUCCUCUAUUCACUCUUAAUCAUUCUUCUGCGUGAAACCCAUGGCAAAGUACUCGAGAUACAUCCGGUUCGCUUGUCCGACUCCCCGAAUGUGUGGCCCUCGUGGUCCACUAGGCGGGCGCGGCAGCAUUAGGUAUCGAAGGUUUUAUGCAUGGUGCGGUCGGCGCGCCAGAGCCCAGGCACAAGAUCUGUACGACUGACUCAUUGCCUUUCCCAGGCGCGGCGUGCCAGCCGGAGCUGGUCAAGGUGGGAGGUGGUGAUGUACACGACUGCGUGUUCUCCCAAUUGACCUCUAUACAGUGGUACGUGUAG